UUAUUUGAUAUCUGUUAUACUAUUAAAAGAAAUGUGUUAAUAAUUUAAACAUGUAAAUAAUGUACUAAUUAUUGUUACUGUUAUUGCUGUACUGUUACAAAUAUUGUUUGUAAAACUGAAAGUGAAAAUAAUCAGGGACUAUGCUGAAAGCAUCCAGGCUGGGCUGCCGGCAGACUGAGGAAUAAUUCACUGUGCUAUAAGAAGAGCAAAAAAAAAUAGAAGUGGAUCUUUAUCAUCGUCGGAUCAAAUGGCAAGCCAAGAAUAUGAAGAAUCGAGGAAGACAUUUGCCUGGGGACAGAAGGAAGCACUGAAGAAACGUCUAGAAGAGUUCUCUGUGAGUCAUCCAGAUGUAAAGCACAUCAGGAUCCUGUUAGCUGGACAAACCGGAGCAGGGAAGUCUAGUUUUAUUAAUUCUGUCAACAACGUCUUCCAAGGACGGAUGACAAGUGAAGCACUAGUGGAUUCAAAUGACUUGUGCUUCACAAAGAGACUUAAGUCACACAGAGUCAGAGGUGCAGGUGGUGAUCUGCCAUUUGUAUUGAUUGACACAAUGGGUUUAGAACCUUGUGUAUUGGAGGGGCCUUAUCCAGAAGAUAUCAUCCAAGCCAUAUACGGACAUGUGAAGGAAAACUACAAAUUUAACCCAGAUGAGCCACUCAGUCACAGGAGUAAAGAUUACAUCAGUGACCCUUUACUCUCUGAACAGGCUUUUUGCCUGGUUUACAUUGUGGAUGCACCUACAAUCCAAUAUAUAGAUGAGCGACUUACGGACAAAUUGAAGAUCAUCCGUCAGAGAAUCGGUUCUAAAAGGAUCCCUCUAAUGAUCGUCAUGACUAAAGUGGAUGAAGCAUGUCCACUGGUAAACGCUGACCUAAGGAAGUUAUACACCAGCGAGAAGAUCAGAAAGAUGAAGAUCUGUUGCGCCGAGAGGAUUGGGGUGCCAAUAAGCUCCAUCUAUCCAGUGAAGAACUACCAUGAUGAGAUUGAAGUAGACGAUGAUGUUGAUGUUCUGAUUCUUAAUGCAUUUGAGCAAAUUGUGAACUCUGCUAAUGACAGACUAAGGGAAGAAGCUUAUGAAUAAUGUAAAUGAACACAGUAAUAUUGCUCAAUGCUCAAUGAACGACACCUGGAAUGCACAUUUAUGACAGUUAUUAACUACUAAGUAUAAAUGUACAAAACUCCCUGUUACAUGUAAUAGCAAAUCAUAACUGCCUCUUUGACGCAUACACACAAAAACAGAAUCAUUUUCACAGCUAUCACAGCUCAUUACAACAAAGUAUUACAGUUUUUUUACGCUUUUAAAGUUUUUAUAUUUUUUUUUUAUAUGGUUUUGCUAUUAGUCUGUUAUGUUAAGUAAUGCUAUAUAUCACUGUUAUUCCAUAGUAAUCUAAUAAUCACAUACUUGACCAGUCUUCUUCUUCUUCUUCUUUAGAUUCAUUGAAUAGCAUGUGUGCAAGGCUCCAAUACAACUAUAAAGCAAUUAUAUAAUCACUAAUAAAUCGUUCAAUGAGUA